AUGGGGAGAAAGAAGCCAACCGCCCGUGACGAUGAGAGCGGCCCGGCGGUGGCAGCUGCAGGAGGUAAAUCGAAGAAGAAAGGUUUUGUAAUUGCUGAUGAUGAGUAUUCUAUUGGUACUGAAAUCUCGGAGGAUGCUGUUGUACCCAAAGAGAGUGUGGCGCUGCCUGCUGGCAACAAAAAGAAGGGAAAGAAAGGGGUUACCAAGAAAACAGCUCCCAAAGACGAGGAUGAAGAUGUGGACGAUAAUGAGGUCAGGGAAGAGGAAGCGGAUGAGGAAGAUGUUCCUGCGAUCAAGUUUGCUGGGAAAAAGAAGGCUAAGGGGAAGAAGGGAGGAGCUAACAGCGUGUUUAGUGCUUCGUCAUUUGGAUUAUUGGGAGACGAUGAAGAUGGGGAUGAUGAUGAGGCGAAGGAUAAUGGUGACGAGGAUGAGGAAGCAGAUGAGCCGGUGAUUGAAUUUUCUGGAAAGAAGAAGCCUUCAAAGAGUAAGAAGGGCAGUGGCGGUGGGUCGUCUGCGUUUGAAUUGCUCGACCAUGAUGAGGAUGAAGAGAGUAGGGACAAAGAGGAGAGUUCUAAGGAGGAAGAAGAGGAUGUCGGUAUUACAUUUACGGGUAAGAAGAAGAAGAAGUCAUCAAAGGGUUUGAAGAAGGUUUCUGGAAACUCUUUUGCAGCUGUGCUUGAUGAAGAAAAUGAUGAGGAUGCUUCCGUUUCAAAAAUUAGGGAUGAUACGGCAGAAGGUGAUGAUGAUGACCAGGAGCAAGAUGUUUCGGUAGUUAAAUUUUCGGGUAAGAAGAAGUCGUCUAAAAAGAAGAACGUGACUUUUGAAAAUGGGAGUGGUGAUGCAACCUCUGAUUCCCUUGAACCGAGCCAACACCCUGAUGAACCUAAUACACAGAAGCAGACAAAUGAAGCUGUUGCGGAUACUUCGAAGAACAAAAAGAAGAAAAAGAAGGGUGGUAAAACUGGUCAAGAAGAAGAUGACUGGGAUAAAAUCCUCACUGAAUUUGGUGCGGGACCUCCUGAGUCGAAACAUGUUUCAGCUUCUGUGGAUGCUCCAACUGCACCUCCCCCGGAAGACAAGGUACAGAACCAGCCCGAGGUCGAAGAUGAAAAAGAAGAAGAUGGGCCUGCAGAGUCUGCAGCUGCAAAGAAGAAAAAAAAGAAGAAGGAAAAAGAAAAGGAGAAAAAGGCAGCAGCUGCUGCCGCUGCAGUCGAGGAAAAACAGAAAGAGACCAAAGCCGAGGAGAGUAAAUUGGCUGGGAAGAAAGUUCCCAAGCAUGUUAGAGAGAUGCAGGAGCGACUUGCCAAACAGAGGGAAGCUGAGGAGAAGAAAAAACGGGAAGAAGAGGAGCGAUUGAGGAAAGAAGAGGAGGAAAGGCUUCGGAAGGAAGAGGAGGAAAGGAUAGCAGAAGAGAAAAAGCGCUUAAAGAAAGAAAGAGAGAAGGAGAAGCUUUUGAAGAAAAAGCAAGAAGGAAAGCUUCUCACUGGGAAGCAGAAGGAAGAAGCUCGUAGGCUAGAGGCAAUGAGGAAGCAAAUUCUAGCUAAUGCUAACUUGCAAAUAUCCACGGGAGAAACUGUUGGGGCACCUGCCAAACGACCUCUAUAUCAGAAGAAAAAGCAAAAGCCAGUAGCUCAAUCGAAUGGAGCAGCCACAUUAGACAGUGUUGAAAGUGCAGUUCCAGAGGAUAAUCAGCAAGAAACUGUCUCCAGGCUGGAUUCCGUGGAAAGCGAGAAUGUCGAGGAUGUUGCUUCAGCGACUGUAAAGGAUAAAAAUUAUGGUCCUGAUGUAGUUCAAGAGAAUGUAGUGGAUGAAGAGGAAGAAGAAGAUGAUGACGAAGAAUGGGAUGCUAAAAGCUGGGAUGAUGCUGAUCUGAAAUUGCCAGGAAAAAGUGCAUUCGCUGAUGAAGAAGUUGACUCGGAGCCUGAACCUUUGCCCAAGAAAGAGAUAAAGAGUGCGCGUCCUUCAACUCGAGAUGUUGAGGUACCGCACGUUGCAGCCAAGACAGUUGGUAUGACUGAGAAUGUGGACAUUCGAAAAAAGAACUCUGAGGCUGAGGAUGCCCACAGGAACAAUAAUAAGGUUUCUGUUCCUGAGAAGAAGGACAAAAAAGAAGUUCUUGACAAGAGAGAGGAACGUCAAAAGUCAGAUAAUCAGCCUGCCCAGGGUGAGCAGAAUUUGCGGUCUCCAAUUUGCUGUAUCAUGGGCCAUGUUGAUACUGGUAAGACAAAAUUGCUUGAUUGCAUAAGAGGUACCAAUGUCCAAGAAGGUGAAGCUGGUGGGAUUACACAGCAAAUUGGAGCAACCUAUUUCCCUGCUGAGAACAUUCGUGAGAGAACGAAGGAACUCAAAGCUGAUGCAAGACUGAAUGUCCCAGGUCUAUUGGUGAUUGAUACACCUGGUCAUGAAUCUUUUACUAAUCUGCGUUCUCGAGGGUCAGGGUUAUGUGAUCUUGCGAUUUUGGUGGUUGAUAUAAUGCAUGGGCUGGAACCACAAACCAUUGAAUCUCUCAAUCUAUUGAAGAUGAGAAAUACUGAUUUCAUAAUAGCCUUGAAUAAAGUGGACAGAUUGUAUGGAUGGAAAACAUGCCGCAAUGCACCGAUACAGAAAGCAAUGGAGCAACAGACAAGCGAUGUUAAAAUUGAGUUUACUCAUCGGCUUAAGGCGGUUAAAGAUCAGUUGCAGAUUCAAGGUCUAAAUACUGAGUUGUAUUACAAGAGGAAAAAAAUGGACGAAACAGUCAACAUCGUCCCCACUAGUGCAAUAAGUGGUGAAGGUGUCCCUGACUUGCUGUUGCUGCUGAUUCAGUGGGCACCGAAGACAAUGAUUGAUAGACUUACAUACAGUAGUGAAGUGCAGUGUACUGUCUUGGAGGUCAAAGUUAUUGAAGGACAUGGGACAACAAUUGAUGUGGUUCUGGUGAAUGGCGUGCUUCAUGAAGGAGAUCAAAUAGUUGUUUGUGGCUUGCAGGGACCAAUUGUGACCACAAUUAGAGCCUUAUUAACACCACAUCCGAUGAAGGAGCUCCGAGUCAAGGGGUCUUAUUUGCAUCAUAAAGAAAUCAAGGCUGCUCAGGGUAUCAAGAUCACAGCCCAGGGCCUUGAGCAUACAAUUGCAGGGACCAGUCUUUAUGUUGUGGGGCCACAUGAUGAUUUGGAAGACAUCAAAGAAGCAGCUAUGGAAGAUAUGAAGUCAGUAAUGAGUAGAAUUGACAAAAGUGGUGAGGGAGUCUAUGUUCAAGCGUCUACUCUUGGGUCGUUAGAAGCAUUGCUGGAGUUCUUGAAGACUCCGGCAGUUAAUAUACCUGUCAGUGGCAUAAGCAUAGGGCCAGUACACAAGAAAGAUGUAAUGAAGGCGAGUGUGAUGCUUGAGAAGAAAAAGGAAUAUGGGACAAUAUUGGCUUUUGAUGUUAAAGUAACCCAAGAAGCUCGGGAGCUCGCUGAUGAGCUUGGUGUAAAGAUAUUUAUUGCGGACAUUAUUUACCACCUAUUCGAUCAAUUUAAGGCUUACAUUGAUAAUCUCAAGGAAGAGAGGAAGAAGGAGGCUUCUGAGGAAGCAGUUUUUCCGUGUGUCCUGAAGAUAAUGCCAAACUGUGUGUUCAACAAGAAGGAUCCCAUUGUCUUGGGAGUUGAUGUCCUUGAAGGCACAGUGAAGGUUGGGACUCCUAUAUGUGUUCCUCAGAAAGAUUUCAUUGAAAUUGGUCGGAUAGCUUCCAUUGAGAAUAAUCACAAGCCUGUUGAUUAUGCCAAGAAGGGCCAGAAGGUGGCCAUUAAGAUUAUUGGCAGCAAUCCUGAGGAACAGCAGAAGAUGUUUGGCAGGCAUUUCGAGAUGGAGGAUGAGCUUGUGAGCAAAAUCAGUAGAAGCUCACUUGACGCUCUUAAAGAAAAUUACAAGGAUGAUUUGUCUACUGAAGAGAAAAGGCUAUUGUUUAAACUGAAAAAGCUCUUCAAGAUAACGUGA